CUCCUUAGUCGCUAAUAGUUGCGUGUUCGGUGAAGAAGUGUGUUGUACUCCCCGACGGUCGUAGUCGCAGUCGCAGUUUGCUUCGUCUUCGAACGGUUACCGACUACGUAGGGUGAAAGCACAAUUUGGAAGUUGGUGUUCUUCACUGUGCACACACACUCGCAACGCGGCUAGACUCCGGUUGACGGUCGUCGAGCAAGAAUCCUGAAAGCCCUUGAUCCGAUAACCGUGUUAUCACGACGCACUGUAGCUCACGUCGAGUGCCAAAGUCUCUCCGCCAGUGUGCUAAACGGCUGUCAUUCGCGCAACCGAGUACAAAAGUGUCAAUGACAGAUCUUGGGAGUGAAUGUCAAGCGAUCGAGUCAAUCAGUUCAGCGUACAAGUGUGGUGAGCAGAGGAAAAGGCAUUAAUUACGGAAGAACCUUGAGAUCGCUCAGCCAAACCAACCUAUAGAUGUUUUAGCCGUCAUCGUCAUCAUCGUGUACAACCCCGCAGAUGUACUUGAAAUGCAAAUAAAAAUGUUAUUAUGAUACACUCUGAAAAGUACUACCAAGUUAAGGUCCAUCAGUAGCCAUGAAUUAUGUUGGAUCGUGUCGGAAACAGCAGCAACAAGCCAAGUUUCAAUGAUAGGCCCUUGCACGCGGACGCAGUGCUGCCAGCUGUUGAAGUAGUACUCGACACCGUGUUGGUUAUGUCCUGGUAGUGUGUUUUCCAAAAGGGAAGGAUAUCUCGCACGCACUGAUUACAGAGAGGAAGAAGAAGCUGCGUCAAAGGAAGAAUCCGAUGUGUGACAGAUCGUGACGAGCGCAAAGAAAGAAGCAGAAGGAAGAAAGCUGCACGAGAGGAAGUGAGAAGCGGUGUGAAAGUUUCGAGUCAAAAUAGAAGUGAAAUUUAACUACGCAAACAACCGUGCAAGUGUGCUUCGGAAGAGGUGAAACAAAAGCUAGAAGAAAUCAGAGGCAAAGUUUGCGCAAAUACACGGGAAAACAAAAGAGCUUGUGUUUCAAAGCAAAAAAAAAAAAAAAAGCGAGCUGAUAGGGGAAGUCACGUUCAACAACAAGAACCUCCGUCGUCGUCAUCGUUUGUCCUCAGUUCUGCACAGUUGGCAAAACACUGCGUGAAAGUUGCGCGCCGAACUCCGCGCGUGCGACCUCGGCCGAUCUCUUCGGUUGGUUAUUUUUUUCCUGUUGGCACCGUGUUCCCACAAAAUUAGCCACCGUGGAUACCAUAGCGUUGCCCCUCGGUGGAUUAUCUCAUGUUAGGAUGGCUCUAGCAAGAUUGCCGGUAGUGAGUGACUGUCCGGCGGGGCAGACUGCUAGGGUCACCUCAAACCUGCACUCCUCCAGCGGCAACAUGGCGGUCAGCCGUGUGCCGUCACCCCCGCUGCCAGAGGUCAACACACCGGUCGCGGAAAACUGGUGUUACACUCAGGUCAAAGUGGUCAAAUUCAGCUACAUGUGGACGAUAAACAACUUCAGCUUCUGCCGGGAGGAGAUGGGCGAAGUGCUCAAAUCGUCCACGUUCUCCGCGGGUGCUAACGACAAACUCAAAUGGUGUUUGCGCGUGAAUCCAAAGGGCCUGGACGAGGAAAGCAAAGACUACCUCUCGCUCUACCUGCUGCUCGUGUCCUGCAACAAAUCCGAGGUGCGGGCAAAGUUCAAAUUCUCGAUCCUGAACGCGAAACGGGAGGAAACGAAAGCGAUGGAAUCCCAGCGGGCGUACCGGUUCGUGCAGGGCAAGGACUGGGGCUUCAAGAAGUUCAUCCGGCGGGACUUUCUGCUGGACGAGGCGAACGGGCUGCUGCCCGAGGACAAACUCACGAUAUUCUGCGAGGUCAGUGUAGUCGCGGACAGCGUCAACAUCUCCGGUCAGAGUAACAUCAUACAAUUCAAAGUGCCAGAAUGUAAACUAUCAGAGGACCUGGGGAUCCUGUUCGACAACGAAAAGUUCAGCGACGUGACGCUGGCGGUCGGCGGACGGGAGUUCCAAGCACACAAAGCAAUCCUAGCUGCGCGCAGUCCGGUGUUUGCGGCCAUGUUCGAGCACGAGAUGGAGGAGCGCAAGCAGAACCGCGUCGCCAUCACCGACGUCGAUCACGAAGUAUUAAAAGAGAUGCUCCGGUUUAUCUACACCGGGAAGGCGCCCAACCUGGACAAGAUGGCGGACGACCUGCUGGCGGCGGCGGACAAGUACGCCCUCGAGAAGCUCAAGGUCAUGUGCGAAGAAGCGCUCUGUGUUAACCUGUCGGUGGAGACGGCCGCCGAGACGCUGAUACUGGCCGACCUGCACAGCGCGGACCAGCUCAAGGCGCAGACGAUAGACUUCAUCAACACCAGUCAUGCGACCGAUGUGAUGGAAACCGUCGGCUGGAAGAACAUGGUGACGACGCACCCGCACCUGAUAAACGAAGCAUUUCGCGCCCUAGCCACCCAGCAGAUACCACCGAUCGGUCCGCCCCGCAAGCGGGUCAAGAUGAGCUGAAAUAAGAUGUUGACAUCCGUCGUCCAGUCCGUGAUGUCAACGUCGCCGUCACCACCAACAACAACAACUACAACUACAACAGCUACUACUACUAAUAAUAAUGCUACUACAAUUAUCACAUCAUCAUCACCACCACCACAACACUCA